AUGUCGAAGAAAUGCCCAAUUUGUACGAAGACAGCUUAUGUCACGGAGUCAGUCAAUGUGAACGGAACGUUAUAUCACCAAGCCUGCUUUAAAUGUAAAACAUGCCAUCGUGCCCUUUCUGUUUCUAAUUAUAAACUAUUGAAAGAUACUAAUGAAAUAUAUUGCACCAUCCAUUUGCCCCAACCGAAGAACCUUCAAGCAGCUGUGACAAUGGAAACUAUUUCAGCGAAAGAAACACACCGCCCUGAACUGGUCAAUAGAAAUAUCCAAGGAGCUCCAGAGACUCGGAAGAAUCUUCAAUCGAGUGACACUAUGGAACUGAGACAAGCCAAAGAAGUCAAGUCGACGUUGGUCAAUGCGAACUUCCAUGGCGGAGCGGAUCAAAGGAAGAAUACGGGAGCGUUGAGUGCGUCAGAUAGUCAUGCUAUGAAAGAGACAAAAGCUCAUAAAACAGUGAAUGAACAAGUUAGAGGUGGUGCGGAUCAAAGGAAAAACACAGGAGCGUUGAGCUCGUCUGAUGCCUUUGCAAUGAAAAUGUCUAAAGAAAAAGGAACAGUAAAUGAACAAGUCAGAGGAGGUGCAGAUCAGAGGAAAAAUACAGGUGCACUUGGGACUACAGAUACCUUCGCUAUGGGACUCUCCGGUAAAGGUCAUGCCAAAUCAAAUGAAGUCAGAGGGUCUAAACCAUGUUCGGGUGAACUUGGUUUGUUAGAAAAGGGUCAAAUGGCAAUGCCAAGACAAGGCGUCAUUUCAAAUCCAAAUGUUAGAGGAAAAUAA